AUGUCUUUAUUCACGACCAACACUCUUUACCCGAAGACUAGCUCUAUACCUAAUGGAUUUGCAACGCAAAUGGCGGAUAAAUCGAAAAACAAGAUAAUUUACCUGGAUGUCGCGCCGGCUCGCACACCAUAUAUGAAGCCUCCGUCCAGCAUUGCUAUAGUGCCUUUACAUGAUAAUCUCAUUGCUCCUCAAAUAAAUAGAGAUAUUGUUUAUGAGAAUAUUAAACCAGUUUUCACAUUAUUACGAGUUAUGGGUGUUUUGCCUUUAACGCGACCUUCGCCAGGACUGAAUCAGUUCCAAAUCGCAUCUCCUUCUAUGCUAUACUCUAUUAUUUGCUACGUUUGCCUUAUUGGUUACAUACUAUACCUGUCUUUGAAUAAAGUUCAGAUAUUACGCACUGCUGAGGGUAAAUUCGAAGAGGCAGUCAUUGAAUAUCUUUUUACGGUUUACCUAUUUCCCAUGAUGGUGGUUCCAAUAUUAUGGUACGAAACGCCUAAAAUUGCUGGUAUUCUAAACGGAUGGGUCGACUUUGAAAUAUGCUAUAAAAAAUUAUCUGGGAGAAUUUUACCCAUUAAAUUGUACAAGAAAGCUCUAGCAAUUGCUGUUAUUAUUCCAAUACUCUCCACGAGUUCGGUAGUCAUCACACAUGUGACUAUGGUCCAUUUUAAGUUAAUGCAGAUUUUACCUUACAUUUUCUUAGAAAUCCUCACGUACAUCUUAGGUGGAUAUUGGUAUCUUCUAUGUGAAACUUUAAGCGUAUGUGCAAGUGUUCUUGCUGAAGAUUUUCAACAGGCUCUCCGACAUGUGGGACCAGCAGGAAAAGUAGCUGAAUAUCGUGCUCUGUGGCUCCGAUUAAGCAAACUGGCUCGAAACACUGGCGUCGCGAAUUGUUAUACCUUUACUUUCGUUAAUUUAUAUCUAUUUCUUAUAAUAACUUUAUCUAUAUACGGUCUCCUUAGUCAAAUCUCUGAAGGUUUUGGUAUCAAGGAUAUUGGACUUGCGGUAACGGCUUGUUGCAGCAUUUUCCUAUUGUUUUUUAUUUGCGACGAAGCACAUUAUGCAUCUCAUAAUGUGAGAACGAAUUUCCAAAAGAAGUUACUUAUGGUGGAACUAUCGUGGAUGAACACAGAUGCUCAAACUGAAGUCAAUAUGUUUUUACGUGCUACUGAAAUGAACCCAUCUCAAAUAAGCUUAGGGGGUUUCUUUGACGUGAACCGAAAUCUAUUUAAAUCACUCCUCGCUACUAUGGUCACGUACCUUGUCGUGUUGUUGCAAUUCCAAAUCAGCAUUCCUGAUGAUAAUCAAAGAAAUGAAAUGGACACUGAAGAAAAUCAAGUGUUCAUCAAUGAAACAGUAGCUGAAACUACCAAAAUGGCCACCACUAUAGCGACUACAAUCUUGACAACUCUAGCUAAAAGAAAAAAGAAAAAU